AGAAGCCAAGCUAACGGCCGCUGGUUGCUGCCCACUUAGCCGUACUUUGACAACCGCCUUUGAUGAAUGAACACGCAUAAGUAACACACAGUCAAAAGGGAGGUCAUGUUUUUCAUCAAGUCCAUGUCCGCCCUGUGAGAGGACAGCGGACAUAUGUCGGCGCCAUCGCUGCUGUGUUGCGCACCGGCGCUCCAAGCUGAGGAGAAGACGGGGACUACGGUGUUGAUGGACGGCGGGGUUUCGGUGCUCUUCUCCCGGGGACGCAAAUAAAACCGCGGCUGUUUUCUUUUUUUUUUCUUUUUGUAGUUUCUCCGUCGAAAGACACUUUCUUUUUGGGCCAACAUGUCAACCAGCAGUCCCGAGGCGGUGAAGAAAUUGCUGGAGAACAUGCAGACGGACCUGCGCUCUCUCUCCAUGGAGUGUAAGAAGAAAUUCCCCCCAGUCAAAGAGGCCGCAGAGUCUGGCAUUGUGAAGAUUAAGACAAUCGCAGCCAGGAAUACCGACAUACUGGCAGCUCUAAAGGAGAAUAGCUCUGAAGUGGUGCAGCCUUUCCUGAUGGGCUGCGGCACCAAAGAGCCCAAGAUCACCCAGCUGUGUCUGGCUGCCAUUCAGAGGCUCAUGUCUCACGAGGUGGUGUCUGAGGCGGCGGCGGGGAACAUCAUCAACAUGCUGUGGCAGCUAAUGGAAAACAGUUUGGAGGAGCUGAAGCUCCUACAGACCGUCCUGGUGCUGCUGACCACCAACACGGUGGUCCAUGAUGAAGUACUUUCCAAGGCCAUUGUGCUGUGCUUCCGCCUCCACUUCACCAAGGACAACAUUACCAACAACACGGCGGCCGCCACUGUCAGACAGGUCGUCACCGUGGUCUUUGAGAGGAUGGUGGCUGAGGAUGAGCGUUUCAAAGGCAUUGUGGAGCAGCCUCCGCCUGUGCAGGGCAAUACCAACAGGCGGUCUGUCACCACAUUGAGGCCCAGUGCAAAAGACGCUUACAUGCUGUUUCAGGACCUGUGCCAGCUGGUAAAUGCGGACGCCCCCUACUGGCUGGUGGGAAUGACAGAGAUGACCAGGACGUUCGGAUUGGAACUGCUGGAGUCUGUCCUGAACGAUUUUCCGGGCGUGUUCCUGCAGCACCAGGAGUUCAGUUUCCUGCUAAAGGAGCGAGUGUGUCCGCUCGUCAUCAAGCUCUUCUCCCCCAACAUCAAGUUCCGCCAGGGGAGCUGCAGCGCCGCCUCACCGGCCCCCGUGGAGAAGCCUUACUUCCCCAUCUGCAUGCGGCUGCUGCGCGUGGUCUCAGUGCUCAUCAAGCACUUCUACAGUCUGCUCGUAACCGAGUGUGAGAUCUUCUUGUCUCUGCUGGUGAAGUUUCUGGACGGAGAAAAGCCUCAGUGGCUGCGAGCGGUGGCCGUAGAGUCGGUUCACAGGCUGUGUGUGCAGCCACAUUUAUUACGCUCGUUCUGCCAGUCUUAUGACAUGAAGCAGCACUCCACCAAGGUGUUCCGGGACAUCGUCAAUGCCCUGGGCUCCUUCAUCCAGUCCCUCUUCAUCACUCCCAACGUGGGCAACGUCUCAGCCGUCGGUGCACCAACUGGUGGCUCGGGUUCAGGGCCCCCGGGCACGGCUCAGGGCGGCCCAGGGCCAGGAGGGGUCAGCGGGAACCUCACGACCCAGGCAGCAUUUGAAUAUCGAGGCACUUGGAUCCCCCUGAUGACUGUCAGCGUCCAGGGCAGCGCCAAAGCCACCUACCUGGAAAUGCUGGACAAAGUGGAGCCCCCGUCCAUCCCCGAGGGCUACGCCAUGUCGGUGGCCUUCAGCGCCCUGCUGGACCUUGUCCGAGGCAUCACCACCAUGAUUGAAAGGGAACUGGCCACAGAGGAGGCGGCGGCAGCUGAGUCCAGAGAGGGGCAGCCUGGCAAAGAGUGGCAGCCACCAGCUGGAGCUCACCUGGUGUGGGAGGAGAUGGUCAGUGCCUGCUGGUGUGGUCUGCUCGCCGCCUUGUCCCUGCUGCUCGACGCCAGCACUGAUGAGACCGCUACGGAGAACAUCCUGAAGGCCGAGUUGACCAUGGCUUCGCUGUGCGGGCGACUGGGCCUGGUGACGCCGCGAGAUGCCUUCAUCACGGCCAUCUGCAAGGCCUCCCUGCCGCCGCAUUACGCACUGACUGUCCUCAGCAGCAACGCCGCCAACCUGUCCAGCAAAGCAUACUCUAUCCAGGGCCAGAGUGUGCAGAUCAUCAGCCCCUCCAGCGAGUCGCAUCAGCAGGUGGUGGCCGUCGGGCAGCCACUCGGUGCACAACCCCAAGGAACAGUUGUGCUGACUGCCAAGAACAUUCAGUGCAUGCGGACCCUGCUGAACCUGGCCCACUGCCACGGCGCAGUGCUGGGCACCUCCUGGCAGCUUGUACUGGCCACACUGCAGCACUUAGUGUGGAUUCUGGGAUUGAAGCCCAGCGUGGGCGGCGCCCUCAAACCCGGUAGAGCUGUAGAGGGACCCAGUACGGUGCUGACCACGGCCGUGAUGACCGACUUGCCUGUCAUCUCCAACAUUCUCUCGAGGCUUUUCGAGAGUUCCCAGUACCUGGAUGAUGUUUCCCUUCAUCACUUGAUCAACGCCCUGUGUUCUCUUUCCUUGGAAGCCAUGGAAAUGGCGUAUGGGAACAACAAGGAACCGUCUCUGUUCGCCGUGGCCAAACUGCUGGAGACGGGCCUGGUCAACAUGGAUCGUAUAGAGAUCCUAUGGAGACCUCUGACUGGACACCUACUGGAGGUCUGCCAGCACCCGAACUCCAGGAUGAGAGAGUGGGGGGCUGAGGCGCUGACGGCUCUCAUCAAAGCCGGCCUGGACUACAAGCACGAGCCGCCGCUCGGCCAAAAUCAGCGGCUGCAGCUUCUGCUGCUAAACCCCCUGAAGGAGUUGUCCAAUGUGCUGCAUGCAGACAUCCGGCAGAAGCAGCUGGAGAGUGUUCUGCAGAUCCUCCAGAGCCAGGGGGACAGCCUGGGCCCCGGCUGGCCCCUCGUCUUGGGUGUCAUUGGAGCCAUUCGCAAUGAUCAAGGUGAAUCAUUGAUCCGAACAGCUUUCCAGUGCCUGCAGUUGGUGGUGACCGACUUCCUACCCACCAUGCCUUGCACGUGCCUCCAGAUCGUAGUGGAUGUAGCCGGAAGUUUCGGGCUACAGAACCAGGAGCUCAACAUCAGCCUCACCUCUAUCGGCCUUUUGUGGAACAUUUCGGACUACUUCUUUCAAAGAGGUGAAACCAUCACAAAGGAGUUGGAGAGGGAUGAAAAGGCUCAGGUCAAGCAGGCCCGGGAAAGAGGAGAGACCCUGAACAGACCCUUCCACCCUGCCCCUCCCUUCGACUGCCUGUGGCUAUGCCUCUACGCCAAGCUGGGCGAGCUGUGCGUGGAUCCAAGGCCCGCUGUGCGAAAAAGCGCCGGGCAGACGUUGUUUUCCACCAUCGCAGCGCAUGGGACCCUGCUACAGCAGCCAACAUGGCACAUUGUGGUCUGGAAGGUGUUGUUCCACUUGCUGGACUGCGUGCGCAAGUCGUCCACCACGGCAGACAAAGAGAAGAUCGAGUCCGGCGGUGGCAACAUCCUCAUACACCACUCGCGUGACACAGCGGAGAAACAGUGGGCAGAGACGUGGGUGCUGACUCUUGCUGGGGUGGCGCGCAUUUUUAACACAAGGCAGUACUUCCUCCAACAGUUAGGGGAUUUCUUCGAGGCCUGGGAGGUUCUCCUCAACCACAUCCAGUCGGCGGCGCUCAGCAAGAACAACGAAGUCUCCCUGGCCGCCCUUAAGAGCUUUCAGGAGAUCCUUCAGAUCGUGACACCCGUGAAAGACUCUGACAGAGCAGGAGACGCCCUUGCUGCUAUAGGGGUCCCCCCGGUCCUUAUCGAUCCCCUCUCAGCGUCCGGUCCCGGCAGACCUCUCGUGCGCUCUGACUCGCUCGUGGAAAGGCUGACGCGGUACAACGGCGCCGAGCUGCAGGCCCCUCCGCCAGGGGAAGAGUCGGCCUUAGAGGACCUGGCCUUAUGGUGGUCGGCGUGGAACACGUGGUACCGCACGGGAACGGACAGCACGAGGCCGCCCAGUGGCCAGACGGAGAAGCUCUCCUUCAUCCCCAGCCAGCCGUUCCUUACGGCGUUGAUCCAAAUUUUCCCGGCUCUGUACCAGCACAUUAAGGGCAACUUCAGCAUGGAAGACCUGAAGAAGCUGGGGGUCAUCCUCCACGGUGCCGUGUCGGUGCCCAUCAGCAGCGAUGCCUCCCCCUUCAUCCUGCCCUCCUACACUGAGGCCGUGCUCACCAGCCUGCAGGAAGCCGUGCUCACUUCUCUUGAUGUUCUGCAGAAGGCCAUCUGUGUGGGCCCGGAGAACCUGCAGGUCAUGUACCCGGCCAUCUUUGAGCAGCUGCUGCUCUUCGUGGAGUUCUCCUGCAAGCCUCCACAGUACGGCAGGAUGGAAACCAAACACGUGGCUAAUGCCAAAUACAACCAGAUCCAGCUGUUUGCACCGGCCGAGUGGGUUGCCUUAAAUUAUGUGCCCUUUGCUGAGCGCUCUUUGGAGGUGGUAGUGGACCUGUACCAUAAAACGGCGUGCCACAAGGCCGUCAUCAACGCAAAGGUCCUGCAGAGCAUCAUCAAGACGCUGAGAAUGCCACUGGGUCUGAAGUACGCGUGUCCGUCGGAGAGCACCUGGAAGCUGGCCGUCUCCUCCCUGCUCAAGGUCCUGUCCAUCGGGCUGCCAGUGGCCCGGCAGCACUCCUCCUCUGGGAAGUUUGACACCAUGUGGCCCGAGCUGGCCAACGCCUUUGAAGACUUUCUCUUUACCAGAAGUUCGCCUCCAGAUAACUUGUCCAUUCAGGAAUUUCAAAAGAAUGAAGCCAUUGACGUCGAGGUGGUCCAGCUGAUCAGCACAGAGAUUUUACCGUUUGCCAAUUUCAUCCCCAAAGACUUUGUGGGCCAAGUCAUGGCCAUGCUCAAUAAAGGCUCCAUCCACUCACAGUCGCCUUCAUUCACAGAAGCCGAGAUCGACGUACGGAUGCGGGAGGGCUUCUCCAAGGUGUGCUUUGAGACCCUGCUGCAGUUCUCAUUCAGCAACAAGGCGUCCACGCCGCAAGAGGGCUACAUCUCGCGCAUGGCGCUCUCCGUGCUCCUCAAGCGGUCGCAGGACGUCCUCCAGCGCUACGUGGAGGAUGAGCGGCUGAGCGGGCGUUGCCCCCUGCCCAGGCAACAAGUGACAGAAAUCAUCUUUGUUCUGAAAGCUAUCAGUACGUUGAUGGACUCGUUGAAAAAGACCCAGCCAGAAAACGUGGACGACAGCACGUGGGCUCAGGUGAUCGCCUUGUACCCCACGCUGGUGGAGUGCAUUACCUGCUCCUCCUCGGAGGUCAGCUCGGCCCUGAAAGAGGCUCUGGGGCCCUUUAAAGACUUCAUGCAGCCCCCUAUGACCAGGCUGGUCCAGAAUGGAGACUCCUGACAUGUUUUUGGGUUUGUUUUGUUUUUUUAAAUGAUGAAGAAAUCUUGAAUGUGUCUUCUUGAUCCAUGUGCUUUAAAAGUGGACACACAUGAACUCCACGUGAGCUCCAUCCAUGAGGACCCAAAGUGACCUGAGAUUUAAGAGCACCACCCUCAGGCCAAAUCAGAUUCCUCAUCCUACCGCGCGUCAUUGGUUACACCCCCCCCAACCCCGCCCCCAUCCUCUUCCCUCCAUUUUCAUAUACAGACUGACCGCAAUGUUUGACAAACGUUAAUGUAAUUAGGAGGGACAGGAAGAGGAAAAAAAUGGGGCCUUAUGGGUCUGAAAAUGAACACUUUGGUUCCGUUGCAACAUUCUCAACAGUGAUGAUUUUAUGCAAGGAAACAAAUCUGAGCUGCAACAUUCCAUGUCAUCACUUGUCGGCCAUCUUGUGAAGGGAUGCACGUCAAUAAAUGGGACAGGUCUACAAUGGGUGUGCCUGACAGUUUUCUUCUGUGUCGAUUGCUUUUUAUGGGUGGUAUGAGAAGAAAAUGCGUUUUCCUAUGAGAGAAAAUGUUAAAAUAAUCAUACACGUGUGCCCAAAGUAUUUAUUGAAAUCUGGUUUAUUGCUAAAAUGUGCAAAGUGAUGCACACUGUAAAAUAAUAUGACAAUUUCCUUUGUACAUUAGGGCUGGGCAUAUUGAUCCAAAUAUCAAUAUUAUCAAUGCUAAGGUGGCUAUUGGUAUCAUAUUGAUACUAGUGUGAUGGGAUCAAUACCCUUGUCGCAGAUUUUCUUCUAUACAUCAAGAAAAUUACUCAACUUUCCCUUUAUGCAACAGCAGCGUCUUCUCUAGACUGUCAGUGUCAGCUUUGUCGCGGCAUACUUUGCCCCUCCCCCUCUCUUUAUUACUAAUUAUGAUUUUCACAAACAUCAGCAUUUAAUGGUAAUUAUUGUAUUGUUUGAUUAGAUUUUAGUACUUGUGUGUAUUUUUGUUGUUUUCUUCAUCUGUAAUACAGGGUUUCCGUGGGUCAUUAAGUCAUUUAACAAAUUGUGCGAAAAUGAGGGCCUUAAAUGACAUUAAAAAACAUUAAUUUCGAUGUCCAGCGGCAUGAGAAAAUGUAAUGCGGUGAAGUCGCACAUGUAUUAGCCAACCACAAGACGGAGAUUGAAAUUUCUUUGACGUGAUCAACUAAGCAACCAUUGCUGUCGCCACCACAACUGGCAGCUGCUGCUACCACUACAGAACAAUAAAUGAUCAGAUUAAACAGUCUUGUGAGCCUAUUGUAAUUCACAGAGUAAAAAUGAUUGUAAACUUUUAAACUAUUAAAGAUUAUCAUCGUCAAAUGCUUACAAUUGUGUCUAUACAAAAUGUUAUGGUUUUCACCAUCUGCAGUAGGACAUUUGUUUUGAGUGGCAUUAAAAGCAUUAAAUUAGAUUUGCUGAUACCUGCAGAAA